UGGGGAACCCCCGCAAUUCUACUAUAGCGGUGCGCUGUCUUCACUGCACGUGCUAAAGUUAUUAUUUCCCGAUAGGACGCAAGGUCAUUCAGCUUUGCUGCAGUACUGGAACGGUUCUGAUCAAUGUCAGAUCAGUUGCUUGUAUCCAGUGUGCAUAAAGUGCGUGUUUGGACAUUCAAAAUGUUUUCAUGUAGUUUUUAUUGAUGCAGUCAUCAGAACGACCCAAAAACUGCCGCAGAGGUUCAUAAUCACCUGGUAAUGUAAUGUGCUAUUUGUCCGAUUGUUGUAAUUGUUGUCAUGUCAUAUUUAUGACCCUUUUACCCCAUUUAAAUUAUAGCCUACGGUCCGCUAUUUCAACGCACAGCACGAGCGCCUGGCCGAGUGCGCAUUACGUCACGUGGUGCAGGUCACAUGACCUGAUGAGGAAGUGUAGAGGUGUGUUUACUGUAGUUUUAAACGCCGCAGCGCUGCUGUCAAACAGCGACAUGGUAAUUGUCGCCCGGAGUCGACAGUUCAACUGCGAUUCUUCUUUAUUUAUUGCGUGUAUUUCGCAUUUAUUUUAGUUAUUUAUGUAUUUCAAGGCAUCGACAUGGCUUCUCCUGGUUGUAAUGACUGCAACCACGAUUCAGAGAGGGGCAAACUGCUGACCUCGGCGACGUACUACGGCUCCGGUGACUCUCAUCAGCACGUCGCCCCCGGCAACCCCCCGCCCCAGCCCCAGCCCCAGCCCCAGCGGCUGGGGGGGUGGGCGGUCUCCAAGCGGGAUGAGGAGGAAGAGGAGGAGCUUCGCAGGAAGCUGAAGUAUUACUUCAUGAGCCCCUGCGACAAGUUCCACGCCAAGGGCCGCAAGCCCUUCAAACUGGGCCUGCAGAUGCUCAAGAUCGUCAUCGUCACUGCGCAGCUGGUACUGUUUGGUCUCAGCAACCAGAUGGUGGUGACCUUCAAUGAGGAGAACACCGCGUCCUUCAAGAACAUCUUCCUCAAAGACUACGGCGAGGACACGGAAGAACCCCUGACGGUCUACACGCAGAGCGACGUCUACAGCCACAUCCAGUACGCCAUAGAGCAGUACCUGGCGCUGCCGGCCACCACGGUGGGGCGGUACGCCUACGUUUACGGGGUUGGGGUGAACGGCAGCGCCCUCUCCCUCUGCCAGAGGUACUUCAGGAAGGGGAGCAUCGAUCCGGCCAAUGACACGUUCGACAUCGACCCGCACGUCGUCACCGAGUGCAUUGGAGUGAACCCCUUGGCCACGCCUCCUGGUCCACUUGGCCACACCUACAAGAACCUCACCCUGCAAUUCCACAAGCUGAUCAAUGUGACCAUAGAGUUCCAGCUGAAGGCCAUAAACAUCCAGACCAUCAUUAACAAUGAGAUCCCAGACUGCUACACCUUCACCGUCACGAUUGUGCUGGAUAACAAGGCUCACAGUGGGCAGGUGAAGAUUAGCCUGCAUAACAAAGCUUCCAUCCAGGAGUGCACAGACCCCAGCGUGUCGGGGCACGCGGAGAACUACCAGCGGCUGCUGUUUGACCUGCUGGUGGCGGUGGUGUGUUUGCUGUCCCUACUGCUGUGUGGGAGGUCCAUCGUCAGGGGAAUAUUCCUGCAGAACGAGUUUGUGCGGUUCUUCAGGAGCAGCCUGGGGCGCCGUGUGUGUUGGGGCGACAGGCUGGAGUUCAUUAAUGGCUGGUACAUCCUGCUGGUGGUCAGUGGGUCACAUCACGCAGCUUCAUCAAGUCGCAUCACUCAGAACCUGUCCUCCUAUGACGUGUGUGGGAUCCUGCUGGGCACCUCCACCUUGCUGGUGUGGGUGGGGGUCAUCCGCUACUUCAGCUUCUUCCAGAAGUACAACAUCCUGAUCAUCACCCUCCGCGCCGCCUUCCCCAACGUCAUCCGCUUCUGCUGCUGCGCCGCCGCCAUCUACAUGGGCUACUGCUUCUGCGGCUGGAUCGUCCUGGGGCCCUAUCACGUCAAGUUCCGCUCCCUGUCCAUGGUGUCCGAGUGCCUCUUCUCGCUGAUCAACGGGGACGACAUGUACGUGACCUUCGUGGGCAUGCAGGGCAGCAGCCCGCUGGUGUGGAUCUUCAGCCAGGUCUACCUCUACACCUUCAUCUCCCUCUUCAUCUACAUGGUGCUGUCGCUCUUCAUCGCCCUCAUCACUGGGGCCUACGAGACCAUCAAGCACCAGACCCAGGAGCCUGAGCAUGUGACCCAGCUGCACACCUUCAUCGCCGAGUGCAAGGACACGCCCGGCUCCGGAAAGUUCCGCGGCCCAGAGACCGGGCCCUGCUCCAUAUUCUGCUGCUGUGACAGAACCACAACAUACCAGGACGGCUUGGUGGUGAACUGACACUGGACCCGUUGCUCCCUCUACUGGCUAACAUCAAGUAUUACACUGUUGUUCACGCCAGCACCAUGAGUUGCACAGGGUAUAUAAACGCAUACACACACACACACAUUGUUUCCACUUAAAACACUCGAUUUGGAGAGGAGGGAAUUUCUUUUUAACUUACCUUUUAUUUGCAAGUGUUUGCAAAUUGUAAUUAAUUUAAUUUAUUCAAGUCACCAUAAUUUAGCAUGGCAUGCUAUGUUUACAGCUAUGUUCUCUUCCUGUAACCUGUUUAUAUACCUGGGAAUUACUGGACCAAAUUUAAAGUGAAGCGCUCAAUGUGAAGUGCUCAAUGAUACAGUGGACUUGGUUCUUGGAAGGAACCACUGUUUGUAAGAUGGUAUCUAUCUUAUAAUUUUGUGUCAAUCUAGUCUAAGUGGAAGGCCCUUGAGAUCUUUUAACUUAUUUGUUUAUUUCUUAUCUUGCAUUUAUUAUUUUAAGAUGGUUAUCAUGUUAAGCCUGUGUGGCCUUUUUUAUAGUGUCAGUGAAGGAAGAAUAGUUUACCUAUUUGACGUACAGUGGUAGGUUUUCAUGUGGGUCAAACAUACAACACGCACACGCUCACCCUGCAAACUAUUCAGCUCUUAGCCGCACUUACUUGUAUCUCUGCUCUCUCGUAGAAAGUCACUUGUCUGAAAAAAAAAAACCUGUCACUGCUUGUAGAAGACGCUGUGCCUUGCAGCUGUAGAGAGCGGCUUGUUUGUUUUUAUAGGAAGGCCACCUCUUGUUGAUUAAACACAUUGUGAUUGUGUUCCUGGCCCAGGAGAUCCACAGUCAUGAAGGCUUUAGUGAUGUCUGCAAUCUAGCCACUGGUCAGCAUCCAAAGCACCCGCUGAUUCAGGUUCCCAAAACAGUGGCUCCAGCAGAGUACCUGAGAGCUUAGUUUGUGUAAAAGCAGGAACAUGGAGGCCAAGCGGGUGGUGGCAUAUGGAACCGACCGUCGCCCAUGAUCCAGUAGGCCAUACGCCACCGAACAUGCCACUCAGGGUCGAGAGAGACUGGGGGGAGAGACUGCUUAACCCUGCACUCUUCUGAUAGGACAGUUUUCUGAGUGGACGUUUCCGAUUGGACAGUUUUCUGAGUCGACUGGUUUCCGAUUGGACAGUUUUCUGAGUGGAGUGUUCUGAUUGGACAGUUUUCUGAGUGGAGUGUUCUGAUUGGACGGUCUUCUGAGUGACUGGAGAAGUGAAAGUAAAUGGAUGUGCAACUGCAAAGGACAGGAAGUAAAUGUGGGCGCAGCGUUCUGGAGGUGAAUUGCAGCAGGCCGCGUGGUGUUGCAGAUACACGCUCUUACCUCUCAGACACACCGGGGAACAGCGCCAGAUGUACAGGGAAUCCAUUUUAGUUUCAUUUCUGUGGUGCCCAAUAUGUCUUGCCAAAUGGCCAGCUUAUGUUCUUGCCGUGCAAGUCCAACACAAAAACACUUGAUUCAACGCGAGAGCACUGAUUGGAUGAGGUGUUUUAUCACUGGACUAAAAGCAAACCUCAGGUAAAAAUUGAACACUCCCUAGUUCAUUUUAAAAAGGGACCAGUUUCGAUUGGUUGGUGGAAAAUGGCAGUUAGAAAAACAUGUAUUCAGUGUAAACUAUCCAUUAGCACAGUAGCAAAAGUUAGUGGUGAACAGAAGUGUCUUUUUUAACUGAACAGGUUUUGGUUUUAUAAUUUAACUUUUCUUUGAGGCACUUCUUUUUUGACAUACUGACGUACUGAAAUACUUAUAUAUCUGUAUCUUAUAUAUGUCUGUAUCUGUGAGUGAGUCCAUUGCUUCAAGGAUUAUUUCCGCAAAAAAAUGUAUAAUUAUUAUGUGAAAAUCAAUGGUAAUAAUAGAAAAAUCAAAGUCAUAAUGUUGAUAUGAUUGAACUGCUGUUUUUUUUUUGCUGUACAUCUUGUUAACAGUGGGGGGAAAAGUACAUCCAUACACUAACUCAUGUACAUAGUUAGAACAAAAAUAUUUCACUUUUCAGUUUGUUGUAUUCAUGGCUAUAUUUGUGUGGCUUUUCUUUUGUAUGGGAAUCCACAAAUGGAAUCGGCUGAGCGACACGGGUUUUAGUUUAGUGAUAGAAUGUUUAGCACAGCCUUACUUUAGUUUGCCGCGCACAUACAGUACACCAGGGAAAGCUCCUUACUGACGUCCUAUCGCCCUGCCUGGGAAUCAAACCUGCAAACAUAUACACAUGUGUGUGUGCGUGCAUGCAUGCAUGUGUGUGCAUGUGUGUGCAUGUGGGUUUGUUUUAUAGGUUUACCUCAUUUUUACAUUUGUUACAUUGCUUGGUCUUUUUAAAUCUGGAGCUGCAAGGGGCUAUUGGAUGGAGAGGAGUUCAGUAAAAAUGGCAAUAAUGCAAAAUUACACUUUGAACAAAGUGCUGUGUAUCGCCUGUGGAGUCCACAUGACAAGAAUGUCAGGUUGCUGGGUGUGGGCGUGGCCAAAGCGAAUUGCUGGUGAUUCAUUGGUCACCCGACUGAUAAGCUGGAUCUGUGUCCGAGCCCAGAGGAUUAUGGGGGAUUAUCCCAGUUUCCACUGCAGGAUGCGGCGGACGUGCGAGUCCAAACACUCCCUCCCCACACGGGACACGCCCCCCAGCGGAGAUUACCUCCCCAGCCCCAGCUGUACGGCCCUGAGGGGCGAACAGGAGGGCAGUUAGGGCCUUUAUUUUUUUUUUAGUUUUGAUAAGGUUUAACUUGCAGUGAAGUUACGUUUUCAGCCAUUCUUUGUUAAAAGAUUUUACAGGGUUCAGUGUCCUGUGUGUGUACAGGGCAGGACUGACACCUCCGCUCAGCUCAACACCUCCGUGCGGUCGUGUGUGUUUCUCCCUUGCCCUGCUGAUGUACAGAUUCCGGUCUAAUAAAAGCGAUCACACUUGUGUUAUCUGCCA